UGCCGGCUGCAUUUGUCCUUCUUCAGGGAUGGAUUCAGUCCAGGCAAUCCAAUUCAGGCGUCUUCGCGUCUAUUUCUGUGCCCGAGCGCGAUUGGUCACAGUCUAUUUGAUGGCAAUAGCAGCAGUCACUAUGGUGUGUGGCUGUUAUCUGGUCCUCGUACUCACAGCGUGCCGGGGAUCAGCUCUUAGAACCGGGCUUCGGAGUCUUGCCUCCAAGCCCAGCUGGCACGCGGGUGAUCGCCUUCUUCAGGAGUCGACGAGUGCCGCUCCAGCGGCACCGCAGAAAGAGCAGCAGAUAGAGUAUUCGCCGUUUGUAAACGGUUCCGUCACGCGCGUGACGUUGCAUACCCCGCGGGCGAAUGAGACGGCGGGGGAAGAGUGCCGGUCAGUAAUUACGGACCUGGUGGUAGGCUCGGGUGAAUUGUAUUAUAUCCUGCACCAGUCCGGCCCAGUGCAUGGUAUUCUCGAGGGUCGGGCGUUGUCGAUUAGGAGACUGAACUUAUCGCAGGUGCAGGACGGCAACGGUUCCGGCCCGCAGGAGGACGACGACUCCUUGAUAAGUUACAUGUGGCCAUUCGGGCAGCCUAACGGGACAAUAAUCCGCGAACCAGCGGAUUUUGGAGGGGCUCACGUGACAGGAAUGGGUCUGUCGAAAGAUGGGAUGCAUCUCGUCUUGAGCGUAACCAAUGGGGACCCGAAAGUAAUAUGGGACAGUGGAACCAUAUCGGGUGACCAAAAUCGCUCCAGGUUCACAUCUUUGUCGCUCGCUGACGGCUCUCGGUCGUCCUCCGACCCAUUGAGCAAAUUGGUCCAGGCGUGGGCGUUAGAGUCUAACAAGGGUUUUCUUUACUAUUUGCAACUUGAUUCUGCAUUAAUUAACGUCACCGUGAACGAUGUCGGGCUUCCUAACAGCCCUCUGAACCAGGUGUCCCAUUUGGACUUUCAAAUGGGUAUCGAUCCUGACGAGGAGUUCCAGUCUGGAAGCCUUGUCUCUGACGGCAGUUGCCUUUACUCCGUGACUUCUAAUGACGGGUUGUUCGGGAGGGAGCUUGGGGAUGGACAUUUCGACCAGUCUUCAAUCGCACCCCCUUUCGUUCCUUUCCUGGGGAAAGAGAUGGACGUGGUUGCAACGCCUCAAGGAUGUCACGUGUUCACGACCGCAAACAACACAGUUGCGGUCUUCAAACUCUGGGGGCCCUGCAGUAGUCUCAAAGAAAAGCGGGUGCUCCCACAUUAUUUCGGAGAAGCGGAUGUUACGGCAUUGGCACUCGGUAACGACAGCGACGGCUUAAGCCUCUACGUUGGAACCAGCGAUGGCAGCGUGUAUCGCGUUCCGCUGAACGGGUCGGAACUGAGCCCUUGUGAAAACGAACCGUACAUGGUAUUAGACAGCGACAUCAAUUCCAUGCUGGGAUAUAAACUUGCACUGAGUUUUUUUCCUGUCAAUCUGCCAUCGUCGGGACUCGCAGGCGUGAUCUAUUUCAUAGAAGUUAUUGUACCCACCCUGCGGCUUAAUCUAGCAUACACUGUAUAUUUAGUUUUAUAUGCUCCUCUGAUAUUUAUAUUUAUAGCAAUAGCAAUCUGCAUCGGGUUUAGCGUUCGCGGUUUUGUAAAGCGUCGACGUCGAGCUUUGGAACCGGUCAGUAUUAACCGUACCGUUCUCGCCCGGCCGACGACUUCAUCCGUACAGGACUGCACUGCUAUGGAUUUCUGGGGACUGAGGCCGUCGCGCGUCAAGCAGUUUGGUUGGAAACUGCUGUCGGAUUGCACGGAGAAUUUUAGCGAGACCUAUCGCAUCGGGGACAAAGGGGCGUUCGGGAAAGUCUACAGGGGCUCGCUCGAUGGCAAGGACGUGGCAAUCAAGGUGAUGACCGGUGAGCUGACGGACGUGAAACGGAACCAGUUCGUGGCGGAGGUGAACACUCUCAGUGCAGUUAAUCACGUCAAUCUCAUCCAGCUCACUGGUUACUGCCAGGAGGGCAACCAGUGCAUCUUGGUGUACCCUUACUUCAGAGGCGGAUGCUUGCACGAGCGGCUGUUCCCUCACACUGCUAACCAGAGGGAACUCGCAGAGGAUUCUCCUCCGCCGCUCACUCUCCAGGAGCGCAUGAGCAUUGCCUUCCAGAUUGCCAGGGGACUCCAGUACCUACACGAUGAUGCCAAGCCUCCCAUCAUUCAUCGGGACAUCAAGAGCAGCAACGUCCUGCUUGGCGAUGACUGUGGGGACAGACUUUACGUAGUCCUGGCUGACUUCGGACUGGCGGCCAUCGGGGAGAGGGUGCUGGACACAGGGCACGACCACGUUGUUAUCACAUCUCACAUUGGUGGCACCUUCGGGUACAUGUCGCCGGAGUACAUGCUGAGAGGCGAGCUGUCCAAGAAGAAUGAUGUGUACUCCUUUGGGGUUCUUGUACUGGAGCUGCUGACGGGAAGGAAGGUGGUCACGCGGGCGCCUUCUGGGGUGGGAUGGCAGACACUUGUGGACUGGGUGAAGCCUUUCCUUCGGGGCGACAGUGAAACAGCCCAAGACCCGAGCCUGGACGUGCCACGUGCUAUUCUUGACCGCUGUUUGUGGGAUCAGAUGGCGGGAGACUCUACGAGGCAGAUGGUGGUGAACACUUUCAGACUGGCGUGGGAAUGUGUCCAUGAGGAUUAUGGGUCAAGGCCGGCAAUGCGAGCUAUUGUGCAGCGCUUCCACAGCAUGCUUCUCGAUGUAGGAUGGGACUUCUUGAUCAGAACAAUGGACAUGGAGUACCUUCUGGCGAUGUCAGAGGCCGAGGAUACCAUCUGCAAGGACGAUGAUGCCGAGUCACAAGAGCAUCACAAAGUGCUCCUAGAACAGUCGCUCAACCGAUCUCAGGGAAUGGCCUCACACGGACGAGGCCGCUCCGCUGGUGGUUUCGCCCCGCACGGAGAGGAGCGUCGAGGGACGACGUCGUCGCCGGCAAGGGAAACGAGUCGUGGAGUUGGAGGUGGGGAGGAAGAACGACGUGCUCAAAACUUGUGGUGCGACUACAGCAAACGUGUCUGGUAUUUGGACUGGGCGAGCCAGGACGGCUCCGACCCGUUGCAACCAACGUGCGGGCCGCUCUUGUUCGUCGCCGUUCGCGCCGACAGAACGCGUCUCGCAGGGUCCAUCGUCCAGUGGGUCGACGAUGGCGAAUACAAUUUCAAGUUUACGUUGAAGAAGCAUUACAAAAGUGAUGGUUCUGUCGACAGCAUCGCAAAGGGAUGCAAGGUUGCCGGGAAGAUGUUCGGUGGGUACGGCCGUCGUGCGAUGUUUUUGCCUCACUUUCUCCCGCUAGCGCCGGGGCACGACGAGGCCGUUCACAUCACAGACUUCCUCGAGGUCUGGGCGAAAUCUGGUACCUCUGUCAGUGCCGUGGACGUCGGACCUGGAACAUCGAUCAGUGGUCUUGUUGGGUUCGCGGGAGGAGAGCGCUCUAAAAGGGAGAGGGGAGGUCAGGGUGGCCUGCCAGCUACGCCUCCUGAUCAAGAGGUGGCCGAGGUCUCGCCUGGAGAUCGAGCGGGUGGUGUGCAGGUUCGAGAGACGGAGUUGAGCCAGGAACGAGAAGCAAGUGGGAACGUCGCCGGUGAGGAGGAGGUGUCCGAGCAGGGGCUGUUCCGUGAGAGAUCCGCUGAAAAGACUCAGUCGGGAGGCAAGCGCAACUUGCCGGAUGAGGAAGAGCGAGAGGGACUAGGUGCUCUGAAAAGGCAGAGAAAGGUAGGAGGGAGUGCUCGGACGCCAACAACACGAGAGGGCGGUUCCGUUGAGAAGAGGAAAAGGGUUGGAGGUGGGGAUGAAAUGCCAAAAGACUCGUCGACACAGCGAAGAACCGGUGAGUCUUCUGGGAAAACGGCGAAAUCAUCGAGGGGGAAGAAAGCAGACGAGGGCGAUAGCGGGGAGGGGGAUGACGACGUGGAGAUUAACCUCAACGCCUUUAACCUCGGCAAUGCGUUCUUCCUCGAGAUGCAGACAGGGGUGCAGAAGGACGUCGUGUUGCACAUCCAUCCCGAAAGAAUAUUAGCUAUUCUUGACUGGGAAGACGCGUACAACCACCGAUCCUUGGACGAGUUCCUCGUUGAUACCAUCGCGUCGGCUAUAAUCGACUGCUACGAACGUAAAGACAUGAGAUACACAAAGCCCAUUUUCGUUCUUGCUUCGAUCGUCGCGCCUCCAGAGAACGACGAGCCUGCUGUGCGCGUGCUGCCUGCUGACUUCGACAACUCACACCCGGAGAGAUACUGGUAUUAUCCUGUGUGUGGACAGCAUAACGCGAGGGCGGCGAUGAUGGUGAAAGACCAUCCCGUGUUUGAUUACUACAACUUCUGUAAAUGGCGGUUCAGACCGAUCUACUUCCCUGACGACGAGUUCGACGGCUACGCUCAUGUCAGCUGCGAAGACAACAUGAAAGACAAGAAGAAUCCACCGCGCUUGCAAGUUUUAUAUGACUCCGUCUUCGCUUUGGGGUUGAAGUUCUAUGAGGAGUGGUGGAAAGGGAAACUCCUUGCUUCCAACGACCGGCGUUGGACUGAAAAGUCGCCCACCCAUGAGGAGGUGGCCAAGCCAGGACUCUCCACUGUGACUGACAGCCAGGGGCUGAAGAAACACGUCUGGUACGUGAAGGUGGCUGACCCGUCGUUCAAAAAGGGCAGGGGGAAGCCAAAGAAAGGCGCGGAGGAGAAAACUUUCUACGUCCAAGUUCCAGAGCCGGAUGUCCACUGCUGGAAGGAAUUGGUGGACUUGACGGACCGCGAGAAGGAAAGGCUGUUGAACGGCGUCUUGAACCUUAACGUCGUGUGGGUUCAAACGAGUAGCAAAAAGUUGGCCGAGCAGCGGAAGUUCAGUGUCAAGGAGAUGGUCGACAUAAGAAAAAUGGACCGGAUUAUGCUGAUGCUGUGGCACUACGUGGAGUUCGAGUACGAGGAAAUGGAUAAGCGGGAGUGGAAUGCCAACUCCACGUUCUUUAGGUCCAAGAAGCAACUGUUCGAAGAGUUCAAGGACAGAGGUCUCGACGACAAGCUUUGGAACGAGAGCAGGAAAUUUUUCACGGACACCAUAUAUGUCAACAAGUGCCCUCAGUUUCUCAGGUGCGAGGAUCCUCGGCUACUGACUCACCCGGUGUACGAGGGAGUUGUUGCUGAAGACGAUGCCGCCGCUCUCCGGAGGAGACAGAAAGUGACACCCACGGAUGUGGAGGAGAAGUUUUUCAAGUCUUUGACUUUCGCGGACAUCGGAAACCAGACCCAGAGGGGGGCUCUGUACAAGGACGGCGAGCGGAAUCCGAAUCAAUUGUGCAAUCAGCUUCUUUUCUUCUGUGGUGUGGCGGAUGCCGUGCUGUUCUUGGGCAAGCCGCACGCGCAGGUGGUGUGGAGUCUGCUUCAGCAGGGAAGGCACGUCUUGGCCGUGGAUGGGGACACAACGCAGCUCAAAUACACCGUGCAGUAUGUCACCCAUGAAGUGUCGUCCAAGGCUUACCCAUGCGAUUUCCACCAUGUCGUGGUCGAGCCCGUUUAUGACCUGAACAAGGACAUGUUCUUCAAGUUGACUCCGAAGAAAAGGCGCCAGGUCUACUUCUUCCCUUACAGCGAACAACCAAGGUUGAGAUUUGACCCGCAGUACGUGGUGUGGAAGGAAGUCGCCAUUGCGGUCCUCCAGGGCUACCACGGAGCAAGUCGGGUCGGCGCUGUGAGCUUCAUUAAGAGGCUGGAAUAUGUCUUUUUUAACGAGGAUGUUGUCAAUCCGGCCGACUUCACUUUGGAUAAGUACAAGCUGGCAUUCGGUGAGGAGGACGACUUCAAUAUCCAGACUGAGCAGGAGGAGAGCGUUGAGGACGACCUCUUCGAUUUGGACGAGAAAUUGGCGAUCUUCAACGCCCAGGUUUCUGAGUCGCCAUCAGUAUGCAAACCGGGGAUACCUCUUGCUACACCUACCUCGGGCGGUCCCACGUCCGUGUCCUCCUCAGCGCCUGUCAAGAGGGCUGAAGAUUGGGGCCAUGAUAUCGUCUGGCACCCGGACCAUUUCCAGCCAGUCCUUCUCGACGGCGAAUGGGCAGUGGAUGUGAGGGACGUAAGUGGAGGGUGGAUAUAUGACGAUUGUUGGGACCUCGAGACAUUCAAAUCUCGCKCCUACGAUGCGGUAUUGGAGAGAUUAAGUGAGGUCAAUCGACGAAAUAAGGACGACCCUGCUCUUCGCGAAUACGGGGACACGCUGUUCGAGUUAUUGCAGUCAAAUAAAUGGCUAGAAGUGUCCUCCACGUUCUACGCCCUUCCGUCAAGCCCUUCAAUUAAGCAAGUGAGUUGGGAAUUGCCUGGGGUCACCCCACCGGCAGGAGUUGUGAAGCGCAAGUCUCGCGGAAAGGACGGCGACGGGGAUUGUGAAGGCGGCGGGCAACGAGGUACCGAAGGUGGAAGUGAACAGCGAUCGACAAAACAGCGGUCUCCGGGGCACGCAGGCGGCGGAGAGGGGAGAAAGGGCAGCCGAGAGAAGAAGAAGCCUUGCAACAGAGAGAAGACAAAGCAUCACAAAGGAGACGGGCAGGGGUCCGAUGGCGACCGCAACAAGGAUGGUGGGGUUCUGGCGGUAACAGGCAGCACCUCAAUGGAGACGGGGAACGACUUGAGGCCUGGGUGUAUUACGCGGCCUGGCGAGCAGGACCCUGUGAUUAGCUCCACCAGCGAAACACAGUUUGUCGAUGCGGUUGGUGGGGCGGGUGUCGCAAAGCAUGGAACAUGCUUCGCUCAACUCCAAAAACGGUUGGCGGAUUGUCUCGGAUCAAUCCGAACCUCGGAGACGACGUCAUUAUCCGGAACUCAGUGCCUUCGGGGAAGCGAGACGACAACAUACCACGGGUCCUGCAGCGACAAGCAGGAACCGUAUUCCGUUUCGCCUCAAAAGGAAGUUCGGAUUAAUCCGAACCACGAAGGCCGUGCCAUCGAGGGAGCACAGCUGUCUACAAAACUCGAACGGGUGGUCCGGGUUUUCGAAAACCCUGGCGACGAAAUUCGGAUUCAUCCGAACCAGGAAGCCGUGUCUGCGAUGACAGACGAUCGGUGUCAGGAUGCAGUAAUGCUCUGCGUGGAAGCCCACAAGGAGCUGCAGGMGGACUGUCGGACUGAGGGUGAGUUGGCGACCAGUUCCAAUGUCRAGCCCAACACACUCRGAGCCGAGUUAGCAGUCGUAAGCGACUCCCCGGUGAAAGCGGUCAUGUCGGCGUCAUUGGAAACUGCGGGGGCUCGGAUGAAUCCGAACCAGGGCCUUGUGAACAUCUCCCUCCCUGAUGCAUCUUUGGAGACGACCGUGAUUCGGAUUCAUCCGAGGCACACGGACGAAGGACUUCAACUGACAGGCAUUGAGGGUUAUCGACUACUGACGACUUUGGAUAAGGACAAUUUCGUCGACGACCGGAUUGAUCCGACACUCAGCGACGUCGGGAUGGAGCUACCAGUUCAGCCGGGAUACGAGGAUCCCUUGUACUCCGCCCUUCACAACGAGGCGAUGGGGAAGGACGUUCUGAAGAAGGCCUCUAACGCUGUUGGAGAUAGAUUUCUCUAUUUGAGUGACGACGACAAAGAAACAGCAUCGUGUGCGCGUGAUUGGCGGAGCAGGUGGUGGCAGAGAACAAGACUUGCACGGUCGAAGGAGCGGAAGGGCAAUGGGAAGAGGUGGGGGCUUGAAAUGGUGAAGGGGUNUUGGCGGAGCAGGUGGUGGCAGAGAACAAGACUUGCACGGUCGAAGGAGCGGAAGGGCAAUGGGAAGAGGUGGGGGCUUGAAAUGGUGAAGGGGUCGAGCAGGGGGCGUGGGCUUCUUACUGACCUGCGAGUCAACAAACGCCUCCAGCCAACACAAGAAGAGAACAGCGCGAAUGGGAUGACGCGCAAGGUCUACAGUCGCGUGACGUUUUCGUUAGCGCCCCCCGCUAUCGACGAUUGCUGGAAGAACGAGGGCCUGGAUGCGCAAGGGGCCUGCGAUAUGAUGCAGGCGACUUCGAACGAUGGCGGACGCGUCGCAAAGGCAGCACACGGAAGAAAUGACACCAGCGAACGGCUUGGUCUUGUUGGGUUCGCGGGAGGAGAGUGCUCUGAAAGGGGGAUGGGAGGUCAGGGUGGCCUGCCAGCUACGCCUCCUGAUCAAGAGGUGGGCAUGUCAGACGACUCGGAGGACGACCAUCCGCGUGCUCCUUUGAAACCGAGCUUGCAUGUAUCUCGCCGCCAAGGUUUGCUUGGGGAGUCGACGCCACAUCGAGGGGAUGAUGGGGAACGGUUGCGACAGGGCUCAGAAUCGACGACUCCUGGUGGUUUGGUCGAAAGGAUCCGUUCGUUCGUUCGUGGCAUGCAGGUGGCCGAGGUUUUGUUUGGAGAUCGCGCGGGUGGUCCGCAGGUUCGAGAGGUGCGUGGGUCAGAUGAGACGACUCGCCGGGCCCGACCUAGGUCUGCGCAACUGCAGACAGAGUUGAGCCAGGAACAAGAAGCAAGUGGGAACGUCGCCCGUGAGGAGGAGGUGUCCGAGCAGGGGCUGUUCCGUGAGAGAUCGGCUGAAAAAACUAAGUCGGGAGGCAAGCGCAACUUGCUGGAUAAGGAAGAGCGAGAAGGAGUACGUGCUCUGAAAAGGCAGAGAAAGGUAGGAGGGAGUGCUCGGACGCCAACAACACGAGAGGGUGGUUCCGUUGAAAAGAGGAAACGGGUUGGAGGUGGGGAUGAAACGCCAAAAGACUCGUCGACACGGCUACGAACCGGUGAGUCUUCCGGGAAACGGUCGAAAUCAUUGAGGGGGAAGAAAGCAGAUGAGGGCGACAGCGGGGAGGGGGAUGACGACGUGGAGAUUAACCUCAACGUCUUUAACCUCGACAAUGCGUUUUUCCUCGACAUGCAGACAGGGGUGCAGAAGGACGUCGUGUUGCACAUCCAUCCCGAAAGAAUAUUAGCUAUUCCUGACUGGGAAGACGCGUACAACCACCGAUCCUUGGACGAGUUCCUCGUUGAUACCAUCGCGUCGGCUAUGAUCGACUGCUACGAACGUAAAGACAUGAGAUACACGAAGCCCAUUUUCAUUCUCGCUCCGAUCGUCGCGCCUCCAGAGAACGGCGAGCCUGCUGUGCGCGUGCUGCCUGCYGACUUCGACAGCUCACACCCGGAGAAAUACUGGUAUUAUCCUGUGUGUGGACAGCAUAACGCGAGGGCAGCGAUGAUGGUGAAAGACCAUCCCGUGUUUGAUUACUACAACUUCUGCAAAUGGCCGUUCAGACCGAUCUACUUCCCUUACGACGAGUUCGACGGCUACGCCCAUGUCAGCUGCGAAGACAACAUGAAAGAUAAGAAGAAUCCACCUCGCUUGCAGGUUUUGUGUAUGCGGGACAUUCGCAAUAUCUAGAAAAUUAAGGGCAAACCGCAUGUGGUGCUCGGCAAUGCCUCGAGGAAACAGGACGAGGUGCGAAAGUGGUUGCGGUUCAUGGCGUUGGCAAUGAAGAAGA